AUGUCGACGUCCGCAACAGUGACUCUGACUCUAAAGAGCAAACCUAAGAUUCAGGCUAUUCAGACUCCACCUCGAUCACCCGGUACAGCAGUGAAGUUGAAACUAACGAAAGCACCACCUCCUCAAUCUCCGGGCUUACCGGCCCCGGUCCAGCCCUCUAGUUCAGCUACUCCGUCAAGUGGAGCGGAACGAAAAUCUCCGCCCAAGAACGGGACAACGACACCAAAACUCGCUCGGAAACUCUCUGUGUCAAGGAAACCGGAACCUCCGGCUCAGAAGCCCGAGCCCGUGCCUCCAAAAAAGGUGUUUUCACGCUUCUCGCUCAAACGAAACAGCGUAGACAAGACCAUGACCACAGCAAAACAGAUCGAAGCCGAGCAGAAACCCGAUCCUCCAGUCGAUCCCUUAGCCGAGCCCCCUAAGGAGACAAGCGCCCCGAAAACAGCCUCGAACGCUGUCGCGGUAAACGGAGCCCUGACCAAUGGCCACUCGGCGAACGAUGCCACGGGAAACUCGGGGACGGAUCGCGGGGAGGAGAAAGCAGACGUUAAGAAGGCAGAUCACAACGUGGCGAGCACGCACAUCGUUCCGGAGGCUUCUCUCCCAAAAGAGAAAAAUCGAAACGAAGCUUUCAGUCAAUCUUCGGAAGCAGGUCCAGUGGCUGACAAGUCUAAUCCUGGGCUGAUUCCCGAGAGUGGAAUAUCUACGAAGAAGAAAGUGAUUAAGAGAACUCUUGUGAAUAAGAAACCUCCGGAAAUCGAUGGGACCUCGAAUGGAGUUCUCGCCGCGCCAAAAGAAAUCGCACAAUCGCCAAGCACAGAACCGAUAGGCAUAGCGCCUCCGGAGUCGAUAGAACCGGAGAAGGAGUCGGGAAGUGAUUCGGUUCCGAACCAAGAAUCGAAUCACGUGGGAAAACGCGCCGAGGGAGAAGUAGAUGAUGCACGUAUAGAAAGCACAAGCGACCAAGCAGAGCCGCGAAACCAUGUCUCGGAUUCCACAGCCACUGACGAUGCCGAGGAAACCUCCACAGCAUCGACGCUCACCCCAGUACCCUCCGAUGACUUUUCUUCAACUCAAGACUUAUUGCCCAAACCGGAGCGUGUAACCACCGCUGAUGUAAAUAAUACUGACACCAAUCAACCGCUAGCAAUCGGAAGCCCCCCUCAACCUGUACAAAGCCUCCUCCCUGAGCUCAAACACCAGACUGACGUGAUUGGCAAACCUCCGAAACCCGCAUCGGAGAAACGCGAAGACACCUCGUCGACUAGUAAGACGUCGAACACCAGUGGGAAACCUCUACAGAAACCUCUCAAUCUAGCUCAGAAGAUCCUUGAAGCAGCUCUCCAGGUGAGUCCCGAUCAAAUCUCUCUCUUUCUUCCCAGUCCCAAAGCUCCUCAGCCGCCGCUGGCGGCGACUUCCUCAAGUUCGGCUCACGGCUCAACUUGUUCCCUGGUCGAGAUGGCCCAUCCUUUUGCUCCCACGAACUCUCAACCCCCCUCGAGACCGUCCUCCGUCAUGGCGAACAUCCAGACCGUUGACAUCAGGAACCUAGGUCAAUUGCUUCGGAGUCCGACACCACGACCUCUAUCGGUUCUCGAUGCUGAACGGCCAGAUGAAGGUGAUAACAAAGAAGGUGAUCUCGUCGAAUCCUCCUGUUUCCGCGGCAGCUUGUUUCCAUAUCCAGACAACGCCUCGUCAUCAGGUGUCAGCUGUUCAUUGAGCACGAACUCGCUGGCCACCACCCUAGCUCAAUCUCGUUCUGUGUCUCCGGAAUCCUUGAUAUCUCUAUCGGUUUGUCAGAGUAAUGUUUCGUCGCGGCACAACUCGAAGAAGGAAAACUUCAGAUCCGAGUCAUCUGAGAUUCGGGGUGACCAACAAGCUGUUGAUGCCCUGGAAAGAAGGCAGACGAGGUUGGAAAACGAUCUUCGAGAAGCUCACACUUCCCUCUCUCGUGAGAGAGCGAACUUGGUGAAGCUGCAAGAGGAACUCAAUCAAGCUCGAUACGAGCGGAACGAUGCGCAACAAAGACUCGAUUCUGUCAUCGCAGAAUCGGUACGAAAAGAAAAACUCGUUCAGAAACUUCAACGCGAACUCCACAGUACUACCGAUCAUGAAAAUUCCACAGAAGUUGAGGUCGGCAUGCUCAAGCGCGAGCAGGCGCGCCUCGAAACUCAGGUCUCGAGUCAGCAGGAGGACAUACAGGAUUUACAAUCUCAAUUGCAACUCCUCCGAGGGCAGAACAAACAAAUGCAAGAGGAGAUGACGAAACAGAGUGAACAGUAUAAAAGUGAGCUGAAGUCUAGGGAAAGAGAACUCGAACAGAUCAAGAGCGCUGCGCACAACGAAGUGGCUCACUAUCAGAAUAUGUUAAAAGAAACCCAGGAGCAGCGACGCGAGCUCCUGCGCAAGAACUCGGAACUGCAAGACAACAGAUCAGAAUUGAUACAGCAGGUGAGGGAGGUGGGAGACCAAGCUGGCAACGAAAAGCGUUUGAAACGCUGCCUGUACAGAACGCUUGUGCUCCUGAGAGACGCAAGAGUCACGAUAGAGCAUAUGAGAGCAACACAACCUAGCAGAACGCAUCUAAGCAAAUUGAGGCAGAAAGCUGAAGAAGCGGAUCAGCUGAAAGAGAUCGCCGAGCGAACUAAGGAAUCAGCAAUAGCGCAGAGUGAGCAGCUGGAGCAGGCACUCGAACAGAUGGCACAAACCCGCAACUUCCUUCAGACUCGCGCGGAGAAACUCGCGAGCGAUAAUAAGCAGCUCCAGGGUCAGCUCGAUGAUCUGGUCGUAGAGCACAGUGAACUCGAAGAUAGAUAUAAGAAACAAAUCAGCGUAAAUUGCAACGAACAGGAGGCCCGGGAAGAACAAGCGAAUAAAAUCGUUAAGCUAGAGGCUCAAGUUGAAACUUUAGAAUCAAGAAUUCAACAGAUGCGCUUCGAACGACAGGUUGAAGACGAUUGUAAAGUGAAUUCCGUCUUGAACACAUUCGAAACGAGAACCAAUCAGCUGGAGUUGAAGCUCGAGACUGAGAAACUAGACAAGCACAAGCUUCAGACGCAAUUCAACCGUUUAUCGGAUCAGUUGGAGAACAUGAGGCGGGAACUCGACUCCGCUCAGAAGAGGGAGGCGAGCCUUCAAAUCACCACAACAAAUCAGCAGAGGUGCUUGCUGGACAUGCGCCGAGAGCUGGCAGAUACCCGGGAUCGCAAUUGUCAGAUGCGUAUGGAGAGACAGACUCUGGACUCCCAGCUCGAGGAGCUCCUAGAAGAAGUUCGACAUCUGCAAACGUGCUUACGCGUCGCAAACCAGCGCAUCCGGGAUCUAGAAAUCGCGCUCGAAACAACUGAUCCUAUCCAGAUCGAGAACAUCAUGGAGAGCAUAAUUGAGGAUUCCGCCAGUGACGACUACGAGGACGCCGACGAGAGCACGCAAGCGAAGUAG